AUGCAGAACAACGCAGCGUACCUCGAGAAAAUUCCUUUCCAAAAGGGUGCCCAAGGCCUAGAUAUCGAUAUAUGGAUCAGCCUCGUCUCACGUCGAAAAACCUACCUUUCUGAUGCUACUAUCUACAAGGUAGAGCAUCACAGGAGCGUCAAGAACGAUCAAGGAUUUCUUGCUAUCUAUGUUAACCAUCCCAUUCGCCCAACCAUCUUUGUCAUCGAACGCGCUGUCUCUGCGCCGCCUCGAUCGAUCAUCGAACUCUGUUGCUCGUCCUCAUCUUCUAUGUGGGGGUCCUCCCGAGCCCAGUUUACUAUCUCAAUCCCAACCCCUGAUGCGAAGGAAGCGUUGUCUUCUAUCAUACGCACACACAAGGACGUCAAGGUCGCGAGCACACUCAUUUUUCCUCCCGAUCAUCUACCAUCCGAUUUACAACUGGCAGUACUCCUUCAUGUCAUGAAAGAUUUCCCAUCUCUGUCCGAUUCCUACAUACGAUGCGUGUUUGACGUCUUGAAGGAGCUGUUCACAGGUCGUGAGCAAGUGGGGAAAAAUAAGGGUUUCCCCACAGGAGGCGUCGAGGGGUCUGGACAGAGUCUCACGAUUUCACUUGCCACCGUCAUGCAGAGGUUUCAAGACGUGUGGACAGCAUUUCAUCAGAAGAGGAUAUCACAUUAGGUGUUCAGGGCUGGAGGAAGAAAGGACGCGCUGCUUCGAGACACCGGUAUAACUCGCGGUUGGAAAAGAUUGGUACGGAACUUCGGUCAUCUCGCUACAGAUUAAGGCUUGUCCAGGACAUGGCUCAUAUAAACGUAUGAUGUCGCUUGCCGUUGUAGCUUGACUAUUCUUU